AUGGCCAGCACACGGUGCAGAUGGCUCUGGGUCCUUGCCCUCCUUCUGCAUACAACAUACGCAAGACACCUCCCCGUCAUAGACGGUGUGAUUGCUGGUGUUGCCGGCCUCGUCCCACGCUCUCCAACAGUAUGGACGCCUCUCCCCGUCGUAUCGCUCCUUGCCUCUCUCAAGCUGGGCAUAGUCAUCCGAUCUCCUCCAACCGACCCGGGCACGUUCGGUACCGUCGGUACACUACGAUAUGUGGAGAAUUCAGGAGUGUGCGAGACGACACCUGGUGUGUACCAGGCGAGUGGAUACGCCGAUAUUGCACAGAAUCAAAGCAUCUUCUUCUGGUACUUCGCGAGUCGGAAGGGAGAGGAGGGAGCGCCGUUGACCGUGUGGAUGAAUGGUGGGCCCGGUAGCUCGAGCAUGCUUGGUCUCUUCCAGGAGCUCGGUCCUUGUCGAGUUACGGACGACGCCCUGAACUACGCCUACAAUCCCUAUUCGUGGUCCAACGCAAGCAACAUGCUCUUCAUCGAUCAGCCCGUGGGCGUCGGAUUCUCCUAUGGCACUGCAAAGGUCAACAACUCCCAGGCGGCAGCGGAGGAUCUAUGGACAUUUAUACAAGUGUUUUUGAGCGAUGCAAGAUUUUCGAGGUUGGCGAAUAGCAGUUUGGGCAUUUGGACAGAGAGUUACGGAGGACAUUAUGGUCCCACAUUCGCCAAUUAUAUCCUCCAGCAAAAUACUGCUAUUGAUACUGGUCUCGUGCAUGGGAUCAAGCUAAAUCUCAGCACACUUGGAAUUGGAAACGGUUUAACCAACGCGCUCGUUCAAUACCCCCAUUACGUGACGUACGCUAUGUCCAACCCGUACAACGUUAUGCUUGCCAACGACACCGUCCUGACCAAUGCCAACACGAGCCUUUACACUCCAGGCGGAUGCUUAGACAUGAUCGAAGACUGCUAUGCGUCUCAGACCAGGAACGGCAUGGCAAAUGCGAGUGUAUGCGCGGAAGCACAGCAGUUCUGCAACAAGUUCGUCUUAACACCAAUAGUGGGGAACUAUGACGAAUACGAUGUUCGGCUCCAACAACCUGCAUUAUACCCCCCCGACAUUCUGCACUUAUUGCGAGAUCCAGCACUUCUAUCCGCAAUUGGCGUCCCUUCUUACGUCAAUUGGACACAGUCCAGUAAACAGGUUUACAACAACUUCGCCCGAGCCGGUGACUGGAUGACCAAUACUGCUCCAUAUCUGGAGAACGUGAUCAACGCUGGCAUCCGCGUGACAUUGUACGACGGUGACGCAGACUACAUUUGCAACUAUCAGGGCUUCCAAGCGGUUGCUGAUGCCCUAAAUACCCGCUACACCUCCGCUUGGACUGCAGAGGAGUUCAAUAGCUGGAAAGUCGGCGGCCAGGCCGCUGGUGUCUAUAAGAAUGCUGGGCCUUUGUCUUUCGUCGGCGUCGCGGGCGCGGGACACGAGGUACCAGCAUAUGGGACUGCUACUUUUGCGAAAGGACAAGCAGCACUGGCACUCUUUGAACAGACUCUGCAGGGACUUCCGAUUACAAGCACAUGA